AUGAUGUAUCUUAAAUCUAGCUAUACAUCAUACCAAGGUGAGACUAACCUUUUAGUUUUCUAUGUUGUUUUGGUAGAUCUUGAAUUGGAGCAUGAGGGAGCAGCUCCAGGAUCCACCUCACAGCCAGUUAGGCGAAACAUUUCUUUAAAACUGAAAGCAAAGAGCAAGUCAGCAAGCUCAUUGUCGUCUGGGAAAAGCAAGAAAAAGGAAGGAAAAAGCGGAGAAAAGUCUAGGACAGGAUCUGAAGGUAAAGAAGCCAAUUUUCUUUCAACGCUGUACAAUGUAUGUGUCCGAUUUUAAGCCUUGCUGUCAUGUUGUUUCCUUACAAACGUUACUCCCCCAGGUGCAUAAAAUUUAAUGGCAUGGCAUGCUGUGUGAAGUUUGUUGAGAGACACACACUCUUGAGCAUCUCUGUCAAUAUGAGCCUAAGGCUAUGGAUUUCCUUUGGCUACUAUGAGCAUGACCCCAGGCUACUUUCAUAAGAAACAAAUGAAAUAUAGAGGCAAUGCAGUGUUUGAAAAAUCUUGAAUUCCAGCUUGUCCUUGGGGCAAGCAGCUCUCAUAUUUUGCUUGCUUAGGGCCACCUCUUGCUUGUCUUAGUUAAUGAUUUUAUUAGAGGAUCAGUUGUCUUGACCCUCAUUGGGUAAGUGAGCCUUAAAAGUAACUUGUCCAGCAAGAAAAUCUACCUGACCAGGACUACUGGAUGGGACUUGUUUUGAGCCCUGCAACAGAAAUUUGUUGCUGUUCAUUUCUCUGCCUACAUAUUGUACAUUUAAACAUGUACGGUAUAUCCAGCAACUUGAAAUCUGAGCAACAGCCCUGCUUGAGGAAAUAAGCAACAUUGACAAGUUUUUCAUUUUUCUGUGAAUGCUUGUUUAUUCAAAAGAGACAAUCAGUAUUACAGUGGAACCUCGGUAUAAUGAAACUCUGUAUAACGAAGUCCGGUAUAACAAACGAUUUUCUUUACCCCAGUCAUGGUAAGAUAUGAAAAAGAACCUCAAUAUAACGAAACCUCGUCGAUAUGGUAAUCACAUUUUGCCAGUCGCUUUUCCCUUCGUUAAAUUGAGGUUCCACUGUACAGAUGUUUCUUGAACCUUCUGGAAAAACCUAUUUGGAAAAACAGGUUUUUCAUGAAUGGUCUUUUUGUUGUUACAUCUUACCUGUUUUCCCCCUUUUGUCACUAACUGAUCUGUCAGAGACUUCUCUUGUAUUUUGGCUCAUAAAUAAAUUUCAAGUUGUUUUUGAAAACUUAACUCUCUGGUAAACCAUGAUUUUUUGUAAUGCAAUCAAGAAAGAGUUGUUUGUUUGUUUACACAAAUCCUUGUCAAAAUUAUUUCAUUAUUUAAUAUUUUGCCUGGAUUGGUGUAAAAGUUUUUCAGGCAGAGGCCAUAGAGUAUAGUUAGGUUGUAAUGACAGGUUGUGCAGUUUUCAGGUGAUAAGAUUCAAGUAAAACUGAGUAAACUACAUCAUGCAACAUUUUGCUAGAUUGUUAAGUUCAAGUUCAAGUUCAUUUAUUCACACUUAUUCAAUUACAAUACAACAACAAUAAGAAAAAAAAAAAAGAAGUAAAAACAGAGCUAACUACACAUAAUUUGAAUUAAACACAACAAAGGAAAAAAACGUGUAGCCGCGAAAGGAGCCAAGCUUCCGAGUUGGCUACUACCACAGAGCGGUUACAGUUGUUCAGUGUCAUACACUUUGUUGUUGUAAAAGUCCUCUUAGUUGCAAGAAGCCCUGGAUAGUUAUUUUAUUCUUAUGUGUUUGUCAUGUCUAUUAGGUGAUAAGGAAAGUAAAAGGAAACAGAAAUCCCCUGGAACAGCUGCAGCAGCUCAAGUGGUUGUCAUGAGAGAACUCAAGUAG